AUGCUCGAGUCUGUCCGAUCCGACGAGGGCACAUCGGAGUAUGUCCACGAGAAGGGUGGGUCAGAUGAAAUGGACGUUGACUCUCAAGACGUGGCUUACCCUGAGUCUGACGAUGAACUUCCUGCCAAAACACUCAAGCCUACUCAGUCCCGAAAGCGCAAAAUCCCUGUUGAUGAAUCGUUUAACCCAAAGGCGGACGAACAUCGAGCGAAGAAAGUGCGAGGGAAACGAGGUCUUUUGAGACAACUCACGGAGAUGCCACUGGACAUUCUCUUCGAGAUUUUCGGGCAAUUGAACCCCCUCGACGUGUUGAACCUCGCUCGCACUACGAAAGCCUUGCGUGGGAUUCUCAUGCAACGCUCUGCUGUCUCUGUCUGGAAGCAGGCGUGCGCCAACAUAUCAGGAUUUCCGCCAUGCCCGGAGGACCUGACAGAACCUCAGUUUAUCAAUCUCGCUUUCGGAAAGCAAUGCCACUUCUGCUUGAGCAGCACUGGCACUCAGGUUAUCUCAUGGGAAGAGCGAGUUAGAACGUGUCUCAAGUGCAUCGAUAAACAUUUCACCAGUAGUAAUCACGGAUAUGUGUAUAUUCAUGGUGUUCCGGAAAAGGUUGCGACGUGCAUUCCUGUGACAAGGGUCACAAAAGCAUCGGGUCGUCGACCGAGGCUGUUCAUUUAUCGUUGUGACGAAACCAUUGAUCGCUUCAAAGAAGAGUACUCUGCGCGGAAGGACGAUACUCAAGCAGUAACUGAAUGGAUUUCUACAAAGGAAAAGGAACGCGUAGCGCGAUUAGAGCAUGUCAAGCUCUGCGAAAAAUGGGUGUCCGAACAAAACGAAGACCGCUUGCGCGAAGUAGAAGUAGCUCGCAAUAGGCGGAAAGACCUCAUCAUUGAGAAAUUGAGUGAACUGGGGUGGGGCGACGAGAUUGCCAAGGGGCAAAACCGAAAAAGGCUUUCUGAACACAGCCUUGUCACGCAGAAAAAGGAGUUAACUGAUCGUGUCUGGAACAAUAUCAAGGAUCAACUCGUUGCAUUCAUGGGGGCUCUCAAGGUGGCUCGUUCAAGAGAAGACCGCAAAGCAAUGUUAAAGAAACGUCAACAUCUUAUCAAACAAGUGCGGAGCGACUACGUGGCUACUUGUGCGGUUAAUGAGGUUAUUCCGCCUGCUAGCGACUUUUAUCUCUUCCCCCCACUUCGACAUAUAGUGGAGGAUACCCCAGUCGAGGUCGAAGUGACGUUGGAAACAUUUCACGAAGUUAUGAAUCUAAUUCCAGACUUUAUUGCGGUAUGGAAAGUCCAAACAUGCGAAAAACUCAGGGGGAUGAUCGCGGAAGCAAACAAAAAAGAUGAACCCCAAGUUGACACACCAGUGACACCACAACCCGACGUUAACCUUGCGACCGCGGUCUUCAGAUGCAGCAAGUACGAGUGCAAUCUAUCGAGACCAUUGUUCUAUCCCGCAGUUCUCAUGCACGCCUGUGCAUCAGAAUAUACUUAUAUCCACGCCAUUGAAGAUGACGACGAAGAUCUGGUGGAUUUCUCUACGAAUUGCAGACUGCGUCCUUGGAACGGGGGUAAAGUGAUUUCCUUCUUUACGGCGGCGUCGCAGACCGCAGCUGAGCUUGUGGAACUAUGUGGCCGUGAUCGGAAGACGACCACUACCCAAGAGAUGGACUGUGCCAAUCCUAUUUUUGAAUGUGAACACUGCAGAUCCGAGCGCCAAGGACGGUUGAUGAUGACAUGGAGACGAGGGCUCACCCAUACUCACUUCGCCGGUCCUGCUGGACUUAAGUUGACCCUUCCCGACGAAGAAACACAAGCGAAAGUAAGACUGAGGAUGGCCGAGGAGGUUGAUCGCAAGCGAGCUAGGUCAUGCGACAGGUCGCUCUGUUGCGUGCACUGUCAUUUGACGGGUGAUUCUGUUUCUUUGAAAAAGCACAUGGCCGAGACGCACCAGAAGACCCAGAUGACAAGCAGCGAUGUCGUACUGUACAUUGACGCGGACCACGAACCAGACAACUACUAUUUGUGGACUCCAGUAUAUGUUUAG